UGAGGAAUUAAACCGCUCAAGAGAGCAUCGUACUCAGUUAAAUUAAUAACACAUUAGACUAUCUCAGACAAAAUACGACAGACAGACAGACAGACAGACAGACAGACAGACAGAUAGAUAGAUAGAUAGAUAGAUAGAUAGAUAGAUAGAUAGAUAGAUAGAUAGAUAGAUAGAUAGAUAGCGCGCUCUGAAGAAAGGCAGCAGUCCACGCGCUUUCUUAAUCGCGUGAAGAGCGCGCGGGUCAGUGAUGUCUUCUCACGCGGACCCACUUCACACGUAAACUGUUACAGGAGUUCAGGAUCACAUUUGACUCUUUUGUCUGAGGUUAACACAAUCUAUUGGAGAACCUCAUUGCUUCCAAUACAGACUGCCAUCAUGAAAAAUGAACAGUACCCUUCUGUACCAAGCAAAGAAAAGCAAGUGAACAUCAUCAAUAUCAAAGCCAUAGAAGAUAUUGGCUAUGACCUCCAAGAUGCAAUACUCCUGAACUCUCUCACUCCCGAGGAGAACACACAAUGCCGGCGAGGUCUGUACUUCCAGGAUGGCAAGCGACAUGUGGACUACAUCCUCACUUACCAGAUCAAAAAGACCAGCAGCUCACGCUCACGCCGACACACGUCACACCUCACAGACAACGCCUUCACUCGAACCCUGCGAAGGGGUCGAGUGCCGCCUCCACCCCCACCCAAAGAUGACCCUGAAGUGGGCUUGCCCAACCACAGCACGGACCACCACGAUGACGACAAGUGUUUACGGCGUGAAGAGUUUGAGGGUAACCUGAUGGCGAUGGGUCUGGAGCUGGAGCGUGACGAAGAGACCAAGACUCCUGGUGUCGGCUUUGUGAAGAUUCAUGCUCCAUGGAGCGUUCUUUGUCGUGAGGCAGAAUUUAUGAAACUGAAGAUGCCCACCAAAAAAGUGUAUGAAGUCAAGCAGAGCAGCGGUGUCAUGGAAAAGAUCAACACAUUCAUCAGCAAAGUGACUGAUCCUCUUCACCCCAAUGUCGAGGAGAACAGGAUACAGAACCUGAAGCACCUCUCAUAUCCAUUCUCCAGAGAAAAGCAGCAUCUAUUCGAUUUGUCUGACAGAGAUUCCUUUUUUGACAGCAAAACAAGAAGCUCAAUAGUAUGUGAAGUUUUGAAACGAACUAAGUGCACAAAAGCAAAUUUUAGCAUGGGAUUAACUAGUCUACUGGGGAGUGGUGUGUAUACAGCUGCUUAUCCAUUACAUGAUGGAGAUGUUGAUGGGGAAAAUGCUGAGCCAAAUGACAGGAAGCUGUUGUAUGAAGAAUGGGCCUGCUACAGCGUCUUUUAUAAGUACCAGCCUAUUGGUUUGAUCAGGAAGUACUUUGGAGAGAAGAUCGGUCUGUACUUUGCUUGGCUUGGUGUUUACACCCAGAUGCUGAUCCCUGCGUCCAUAGUAGGGGUCUUUGUGUUCCUUUACGGAUGCGUUACUGUUGAUGAUGACAUUCCAAGUAUGGAGAUCUGUGACCCACGAAAGAACAUCACCAUGUGUCCACUCUGCGACCGCGUGUGCAGUUACUGGAAUCUGAGCAUGGCGUGUGGAACAGCUCGAGCUAGUCAUCUCUUUGAUAACCCUGCCACUGUCUUCUUCUCCAUCUUCAUGGCUCUUUGGGCGGCGUUCUUCAUGGAGCACUGGAAGCGUCGGCAGAUGCGUCUCAACUAUGAGUGGGAUCUCACAGGGUUCGAGGAUGAGGAGGAAGCACUGAAGGAUCACCCACGAGCUGAAUAUGAAUUCAGAGUCAUGCAGAAAUCCCUGAAGAAAGAGCACAAAUCACAGAAGCCAGAGAAGGAAAAGCUAACAUGCAAAGACAGAUGUCCUGCCUACAUGACAAACCUCAUAAUAAUGCUCUUAAUGAUCGGUGUGACGUUUGCUAUAGUGUUUGGUGUGAUUUUAUACCGAAUAUCAACCAAAGCGGCGCUUGCUAUGAGCUCCAACCCUAUGACCCGCUCUAACGUCCGGCUGACCGUUAAAACCACUGCAGCCAUCAUUAACCUGGUGGUCAUUCUUAUUCUGGAUGAAGUGUACGGGGCUGUAGCGCGCUGGCUUACUGUUCUUGAGGUUCCUAAAACAGAUAAGAGUUUUGAAGAAAGGCUGAUCUUCAAAACCUUCAUCCUCAAGUUUGUGAAUGCGUUCACUCCGAUCAUAUACAUUGCAUUCUUCAGAGGCAGACUUGGUGGAUGUCCAGGCAGUUAUCUUUAUGUGUUUGAGUCCUAUCGUAUGGAGGAGUGCGCUCAUGGUGGCUGUCUGAUGGAGCUGUGCAUUCAACUCAGCAUCACUAUGCUUGGCAAACAACUUAUCCAGAACAACCUGUUUGAGAUUGGCACCCCUAAACUGAAAAAGUUGAUCAGGUUCAUCAAAUCCAAGCGAGGUUCUUUCCAGGAGGAGGAAUAUGAGAAGAAAUUACAACGUUAUGAGACAGAUCAUUUCCUAGAGCCAUUUGUUGGUCUGACACCAGAGUAUAUGGAGAUGAUAAUCCAGUUUGGGUUUGUGACUCUGUUUGUGGCAUCUUUUCCAUUGGCUCCUCUGUUUGCUCUUCUGAACAACAUAAUUGAAAUCCGUCUGGAUGCAAAGAAAUUUGUAGCAGAGCUCAGAAGACCAGAUGCAGCCAGAGCCAAAGACAUCGGAAUCUGGUAUAAUAUUCUCAGAGGAGUUGCAAAAGUGGCAGUUAUUGUCAAUGCAUUUGUGAUCUCCUUCACUUCAGACUUUAUUCCACGACUGGUCUAUCAGUACAUGUACAGUCCAGAUGGGUCCAUGCACGGCUUUGUCAACCACACGCUCUCAUACUUCAAUGUCAGCCACUUCCAGAACGGCACUGCCCCACUCGAGCCCUCCUACCUGGGCUUCCAUGUGGAGAUAUGCAGGUAUAAAGACUACAGAGAACCUCCAUGGUCAUUAACACCGUAUGAGAUCUCGAAAGAGUUCUGGGCUGUGCUAGCAGCCAGACUAGCGUUUGUCAUUGUGUUUCAGAAUGUGGUGAUGUUGAUGAGUGACAUAGUGGACUGGAUCAUUCCAGAUAUUCCUAAAGACAUCAGCUUACAGAUCCACAAAGAGAAAAUCCUGAUAAUGGAUCUGUUUAUGAAGGAGGAGCAGGGAAAGACGCAGACCCUGGACAGAGUGUUGUACAGCGGCUGUAAGGAGACGAGUCCUCUGACACGCUCGCGCUCUAUUUCACACACGCCCUGCAAGAACUACUAACAUUAGCACCCGUGUGGUUGCUUUCUAUCAUUACAUUCCACUGACAAAUCCCAAACAUGCUACCAGGUCGAAAAGACACCCUGUCACGACAUAAUGCAUAAUGAACAUUUCUCAUGUUUCUCGAAGUGUGAUAUGUGUACUCUACAUUUCUUUUUGUCAUACUGAUUUUCUCUUUUCAAUAGACGUCUCACACCGCAGUGAUCUUUACAGCUGAGGAAAAAGCUCCAAAACAAACUUUACGCAAGUAUGUCAAUUCAGAUGCUACACAAGCUGUAUUUUUGUAUUUUCUGUCAUUUCCAAGCGCAGUUCAUAACGCGGAUAUGCUUUCAAUUCUCUGCAAAGCCGCAAGGGGUGCUAUAGCAGGCAUUAGCUUAAACCAGUGCUCUUCAACUACUUUCUUGCGGGGGCCAGAUUAUCCAGAGAAAAACUUGAUGGGGGCCAAACUUUUUUCCAUAUUUAUCUUAGCUGACAUUUUCAAUGUAACUUACAUGUUAACACGGAAGACGAAACUUAAUGCUAUUAAUACUGUGCGUUUAUUUACAUUAAAAUAUUCAUGGGUAUUCAAUUAAUAUUUUUUAUGGUCUGGAAAUAAAUUCUUUCUAAAGAUCUGGCUGAAGAACAAAUAUGACCUCACACCCUCAACUAACAACAAAUAGGUUUUGAUGAACUCUCCAUUGAAAAUAAAAAAAUGUAAUGAUAAUUUUAACAAUGCAGGGCUAUUGUUUACAAAUUACGAAAACCUUGGUAGAACAUUUAGAUCUGAUAAAUUCUGUAUCUUUGUCGCUAUUUUCUUAAGUGGGUUGAUAUUGUCAAUGUAAUAUAGAACUGUCUUUUUACAUAAAUUCAGUCAGAAAUCAGAAUUCAGUCAGAGGGCCAGAUUGAACUUUAAGUUAGUUAAACUGUCAACAUAUUUAUAGCUUAUUGUUCCCGAUUUACCCAGUUUAAUGGCACAUUUGAAUGUUAGGGUCUGUUUCCCCCUUGAGUACUAAGAUUUUUUUUUUUUUUUCCACCACAGUACCACGCUUACAAUUUGCAUCUGCAUUUGCAUACUUGCGUCAAAUAUGCUUCUGUCCAAUGAGCUACUGUUUGUAAAAACAUACAUUGUUCUUCAAAUCAAUUAUCCUAAAAAACUACAUAUUAAAAAUGUGUUAUCCAGCACUUCAUUUUAAGAGACAAAACCCCAAACAGAUUGCAGAGUUGUUCUAAUACACAGCAAAGCUCAUAUGAAGCAAUAUUUAUCUUAAGAGAUCAUGGUAUAAAAACUAAAUAUAUUUAAUAAUUUAUCAGUAUGAAGUUAAAAAGGGCUACUUGAUUUGUUUUCAGUUUGACAUUUCAGUAUUUUGUAUAUUUCAAUAUGUUUGAGCUCCUGACGGUUUUUUCCUGGGAUUUUUUUUAUUGUGUUGAUCUCUGUUCUAUGUAAUUUAUGUGGAAUAUUUUCAAACCUAUACACAAAGCCUUAUCAUUUGAGUCUGUGGGAUUUCAUAGACAGGAUCUAUUAUAUAAGACACAUCAGGUUUAAUGUCUAAAUCAGUUGUCUAAAUAAUUUACUUAAAUGAUUAAAUUAUUGUAACAAAUUAAAAGCAAAUCAGUGUAAUCAGAAAACAACAGUCAAUGAUUAAAACAUGAAGUCCCAUUUAGCAUUACAAAUGAGUAAUCUGAUACAUUUUAAUAAAACAAUAUUUGUCAUUUUGAAACAUCCUAACUUACGUAAAUGUGGAAACAACAACAAGCGAAUUUUAUUAGGUGGCUUUUAAAUGUUUAGUAAGUGAUAAAACUGUCAGACAGCCUGUGUCUCGGAAUAAAGUAAAUAAUGUGUUGAACCGUGAUCUCUUCUGUUUUAUUAGAUGCAUAGAUGCCUCAAACAUUUGAUGAAUAUUUCAUGUUAUCACAUAUUUUAUUGCCUUGGUGUUUUUCUAAAAUGGUGUUUUUCUAUUGGCUUUCAUUAUUUUCUACAUCUGAUGCUUUCAUAUUUAAUGGUGCUUGAUAGAGUCUUGAGCUAAUGAAGUGUAAGCAAACAUAAACAUUAUGGAUCAUUAUCUGAGACAUUAUGACGUCAGUCUUCUAACGGUUUUCAUUCACAUUGUGUUCAUAAAGUGCAACAGACUUGAAAAAAACAUCAAUUCCAUUUUAAAUCCAGUAAAGUUUAAGCUUUGAUACAGAACCAUUCACAUAGACUAUAUUAUCCUCAGAUUUUUGGGUUUGAUCAACAUUUAAUAAACGUAAAAGCAAAUGCAGCUCAGCCUCAUGAAAACCACAUAAAGACACAAAUGAACUGAAUGGGAUUUCAUGCUCCAAAUAUGAAACAUUUCUGUGCUCUGAUAGUUUUUAAGGUUUGGGGCAGAACAAUGUAUUGUAUCAAAUAUUUUACAAUGUCGAAUAUUUUAAGUAUGUUUAUUAUUUACAUAUGUCUACUCAACAUAAAUUCUUAUUGAUAUACUGUA